UAUCAUCACCAUCACGUACGAUGCCUCCCCCUCUUCUCCUCCUCCUCCUCCUCCUCGUCCCACCACCCUCCUCCUUCGCCUCCCCCGACCGCGACAUCUACGCGCUCGCCAAGCUCAAGGCGGCGCUCCUGCCCUCCCCUUCCGCUUCCGCACCUGCACCGCUCGCCGACUGGGACCCGGCCGCCGCGUCCCCCGCCCACUGCUCCUUCUCCGGCGUCACCUGCGACGACCACUCCCGCGUCGUCGCCAUCAACCUCACCGCACUCCCGCUCCACGCCGGCUCUCUCCCGCCCGAGCUCGCGCUGCUCGACUCCCUCGCCAACCUCACCAUCGCCGCCUGCUGCCUCCCGGGCCACCUCCCGCUCGAGCUCCCCACCCUGCCGUCUCUCCGCUAUCUCAACCUCUCGAACAACAACCUCUCCGGCCACUUCCCCGCCCCCGACUCCGACUCCGCCGCCGCUGACGCCCGAUACUUCCCCGCGCUCGAGCUCAUCGAUGUCUACAACAACAACCUCUCCGGCCUGCUCCCGCCCUUCUCCGCCGCGCACGACCGCCUCCGCUACCUCCACCUCGGUGGGAACUACUUCACCGGCGCCAUCCCGGACACCUACGGCGACCUCGCCGCCCUCGAGUACCUUGGCCUCAACGGCAACACGCUCUCCGGCCGCGUUCCCACCUCACUCGCGCGCCUCAAGCGCCUCCGCGAGAUGUACAUCGGCUACUACAACCAGUACGACGGCGGCGUCCCGCCCGAGUUCGGCGACCUCGACGCGCUCGUCCGCCUCGACAUGAGCAGCUGCAACCUCACGGGCCCCGUCCCGCCGGAGCUCGGACGACUCCAGCACCUUGACACGCUCUUCCUCCUCUGGAACCGCCUCUCCGGGGAGAUACCGCCGGAGCUCGGUGAUCUCAAGAGCCUCGCGUCGCUCGACCUCUCCGUCAACGACCUCACCGGCGAGAUUCCGCCCAGCCUCGCCAAGCUGUCCAACCUCAAGCUCCUCAACCUGUUCCGGAACCAUCUCCGCGGCGGCAUACCGGAGUUCGUCGCCGACUUUCAGCAGCUCGAGGUGCUGCAGCUGUGGGACAACAACCUCACCGGCAAUAUCCCCGCCGGACUCGGAAAGAACGGCCGCCUCAAUAUCCUGGACCUGGCAACCAACCACCUCACCGGCUCCAUCCCGCCGGACCUCUGCGCUGGCCGGAGGCUGGAGAUGCUCGUGCUCAUGGAGAACGGCCUGUUCGGCCCCAUCCCGGAGUCGCUCGGCGACUGCAAGACGCUGACGCGCGUCCGCCUCGCCAAGAACUACUUGACCGGUCCGGUGCCCGCCGGGCUGUUCAACCUCCCACAGGCGAACAUGGUGGAGCUCACCGACAACCUGCUCACCGGCGAGCUCCCUGACGUGAUCGGCGGCGACAAGAUCGGCAUGCUGCUGCUAGGAAACAACGGGAUCGGUGGCCGCAUUCCUCCGGCAAUCGGGAACCUCCCGGCGCUGCAGACGCUGUCGCUGGAGUCCAACAACUUCUCCGGCGCCUUGCCGCCGGAGAUCGGCAGGCUCAAGAACUUGUCCAGGCUCAACGUCAGCGGCAACUCGCUCACCGGCGCCAUUCCGGAGGAGCUCAUUCUCUGCGCCUCCCUCGCCGCCAUCGACCUCAGCCGCAACGGCCUCUCCGGCGAGAUACCGGGGAGCAUCACGUCGCUGAAGAUACUGUGCACGCUCAACGUGUCAAGGAACAGGCUGUCCGGCGAGCUCCCGCCGGAGAUGUCGAACAUGACGAGCCUCACCACGCUGGACGUCUCCUACAACAGCCUCUCCGGCCCCGUGCCGAUGCAGGGCCAGUUCCUGGUGUUCAACGAGAGCUCGUUCGUCGGUAACCCCGGCCUGUGCGGCGGCCCUGUCGCCGACGCGUGCCCCCCGUCGAUGGCCGGCGCGGGCUCAUCGUCGCUGUCCCUGCGGCCGUGGGACUCCAAGAAGAUGCUGGUGCUUCUCGUCGUGGUGUUCGCGGCGCUGGUCAUCGCCUUCCUCGGCGCGAGGAAAGGGUGCGAGGCGUGGCGGGAGGCGGCGCGGCGGCGGUCGGGGGCGUGGAAGAUGACGGCGUUCCAGAAGCUGGACUUCUCGGCGGAUGACGUGGUGGAGUGCCUGAAGGAGGACAACAUCAUCGGCAAGGGCGGCGCCGGGAUCGUGUACCACGGCGUGACACACGGCGGGACGGAGCUGGCGAUCAAGCGGCUGGUGGGGCGGGGCGGCGGCGACCACGACCGCGGGUUCUCGGCGGAGGUGACGACGCUGGGGCGGAUCCGGCACCGGAACAUCGUGCGGCUGCUGGGGUUCGUGUCGAACAGGGAGACGAACCUGCUGCUGUACGAGUACAUGCCGAACGGCUCGCUGGGGGAGAUGCUGCACGGCGGCAAGGGCGGCCACCUCGGGUGGGACGCCAGGGCGCGCGUCGCGGCGGAGGCGGCGUGCGGCCUCUGCUACCUCCACCACGACUGCGCCCCGAGGAUCAUCCACCGCGACGUCAAGUCCAACAACAUCCUGCUCGACUCCGCCUUCGAGGCGCACGUCGCCGACUUCGGCCUCGCCAAGUUCCUCGGCGGCGCCACCUCCGAGUGCAUGUCCGCCAUCGCUGGCUCCUACGGCUACAUCGCGCCAGAGUACGCAUACACGCUGCGUGUGGACGAGAAGAGCGACGUGUACAGCUUCGGUGUGGUGCUCCUAGAGCUGAUCACGGGCCGCCGCCCCGUCGGCGGGUUCGGUGACGGCGUGGACAUCGUGCACUGGGUCCGCAAGGUGACCGCCGAGCUGCCGGACAGCUCCGACACCGCCGCCGUCCUCGCGGUGGCCGACCGCCGCCUCUCGCCGGAGCCGGUGGCGCUGAUGGUGAACCUCUACAAGGUGGCCAUGGUGUGCGUGGAGGAGGCCAGCACGGCCCGGCCCACGAUGCGCGAGGUGGUCCACAUGCUCUCCAACCCCGGCCCGGCCCAGCCCAACAGCGACCUGCUCGUCACCUUCUGAACCCAAACCCUACCGAUUGAUAUCUAUAGCUGCUCCAGCUUAAUGGUAUGGAUAAUGUGUGAGCUUAAUUAAUUAAAUUAGACACUAAUUUUGGUUUAGCUGGUGCUUUUGCCCAUCGUGUGGUUGACGUGAACAAUAACUUGCAGAAAAAGGUUACUAGCUACUUUCUGCUUAAUGCGUAACAGCUGAAUGAAUAUGUGGAUAUAGUAAAGUUGAAGUUGAAAUAUCUAUGU